AUGUCCAUGUUGUUCUCAGCAGGACUAGCCCAGCUUGUCCCUCUCCCUCCUUUGCCUCCCCUGCCACCAGGUGUUGGUGCUAACCCACAAUGUUGGUCUGUAAGCUUACAAGGCUGCGUCGUCGACAUUUUCGUAUCACUCUCAAGUGGCAAAAUUGGGUCCAUUGACACUGCUUGUUGCAAUGCCAUCACACACAUUGAAGAUGAUUGUUGGCCUAAGUUGUUCCCAUCAAACCCAGUCUUCCCAAAUGGGCUAAAGACCUUCUGUGCUGCACCUCCAUCUCUCCGGCCGAGCAUCGCCAAGAAGUUGGAGAUAGAGAUAUUGAAAGAACAGACUGAAAUCAAACAAUGCUGGUCAUCCAUUGCAAACAUAAGUGGGUGUGUUGAAGAGAUUUUUGAGUUAUUUACGAGUGGAAAAAUAGGUGGGUUUGGACCUGCAUGUUGCAAGGCAAUUAUCACUCUCAGUGACAAGUGCUGGACUAAGUUGUUCCCUAUAAACCCAUUCUUUCCUCCAUUGAUCAAGAGCAAGUGUGGUGCAAAAUCAGGAGUAUCACCACCACCAGAGUGA